AGCUGUUUCAAUGGUGCAGCUUUCACAGUCCCCGCUUUGCCGCACUUCGCCUUCAUGCCACUCUGAGGAAGCGGAGGAGAAGAGCAUGAAACCCGCCAAGCAGCAGGUGACUCAGGGCCCUCAUGGGGACAAUCAGCCUCCCUUGAGCCCCCUGCAGGCAGCUUUGAGUUCUGCUGCAACGGCAUCCCAGGCGUAUGAGACUUACAUUGAUAAUGGACUUAUCUGCAUGAAACACAAGAUCAGGAAUAUUGAGAAAAAGAAGCUCAAACUAGAAGACUACAGAGAUCGUCUGAAAAAGGGGGAACCCCUCAAUCAAGAUCAGUUGGAAGCUGUUGAAAAAUAUGAUGAAGUGAUCCAUAACUUGGAGUUUGCUAAAGAUCUUCAGAAGACAUUUUCUGGGCUUAGUCAAGAUCUGCUGAAAGCACAGAGGAAAGCACAGAGAAGGGAGAGUAUAAUGAAGCUUGAAGCAGAGAAGAAGAAACUCCGCACAGUACUGCAGGUCCAGUAUGUGUUGCAGAGUUUCACUCAAGAGCACGUGCAGAAAGACUUCAAAUGUGGCUUGAAUGGCGCAAUAUUUUUGCCUUCUAAAGAACUAGACUACCUCAUUAAGUUUGCAAAAUUGACCUGCUCAGGAAGAAAUGAAGGCGUGAGUGUUGAAGAUCAAAUGGAGCAAUCGUCACGCUACUUCUGGGAUCUGCUGGAAGGCAGUGAAAAAACAGUAGCUGGGACAACUUAUAAAUGCCUGAAGGAUUUGUUAUCUAAACUGUUAAAUUCCGGUUAUUUUGAAAAAACUCCUGCUCCUUCCAACAUAUCAGUAAAAGAGGAAUCAGAAGAACUGUCUACAGGACCUGAGUUGUGUGAAGCAAUGCAAAGACCUGAAAAAACAAGACAACUCUCAAAUUCAGAACAUGUCAGUGAAUCAGAACCUCAAAUGGAGCACAUUCAGUCUGAGAUACAGCCUCAAGAGUUUCUUAAUAGGCACUAUUUGCCUGAAGCUGACUCCCCUAUCAAGAAGCCUGAGGAAUCCAAACCUUGGGAAAUGGAACAUGUUAAGACAAAUGAACCUCCAAAGUCCUGGGAAAUGCUUGUUGACAUGGAAGAGCAGGAGCAGAAGCAGAAACAAGAUUAUGUUAAAACUUUGGAAUCUGUAAGGCAGCAGGGAAAGAAACUGGAACUUUCAAAGCCUUGGGAAGCUCAUCUUAAGGAAGGUGGUGAUGAUCACAAGGAGGACGUUCCAAAGCCAUGGGUAACUCAGGUUGGAGAACAGCGGGACUCCCCUAAACACUGGAUGAGCAAAGCUAAGGAAGAGCAGGAGCAAAAGCCACAAUGUCCAACAACAUGGGUUGCUCAAAUAAAGGUGGAAACAGUACAAAAACCGGAACCUGUGAAGCUUUGGAGUACAUGUGUUGGAGAAGAGAAGGAGCAAAAGAAAAACGAACCUGCAAAGCAAUGGGUAGCACACAUCAAGGAAGAGAGGGAACAAAAAACCCAACCCCCAAAGGUUUGGGAAACACCUGAGGGACCACGGCAAGCACUUCAGAAGCCAUUACAGAACCCUCCAAAAAUAUGGGGAGCUGGAAAUCUUACCUCAAAGGAACAAUCUGGGCCAAAGAAGCCUGAUUUGGGAGCCAAUGAAGAUGGAAAGACAGAUGGAGUGAACGAAGGAGGCAUUGAUGCUAUGUUUGUUGGAGAACCUUGUAAACUACCUAGGAGCUUUGAAAACAGCCUUCAGGCACCCAAGCUUGUACAUCAACCAGCUGCAGAGUUUUGCUCUACUAGUCUUCCAAAGGAUCCAGUAUUAAGAAGGGAAAAACUACAAGACCUGAUGACUCAAAUACAAGGGACCUAUAAUUUCAUGCAAGAGUCUUUACUGGAUUUUGAUAAACCUUCACAACGUGCCAUUUGUUCGUCACAAGCACCUUCAGUUGAUUCCACAGCACCUAAUGAACAACCUUCAAGCCAAAAUGAUUUCCCUGAGGAACUGGUUCAGGUUGCUGCUUCUCCCAUAACCUUGCAUGGCUCAACCACCUCCUUAACUUCUGACAAUACACUGUCUGGAUCAGAAACUGAACUUGCGACACCACAGACACCUGUUACAAAUUCUCAAGAGUCUGAGAACUUCAGUCCACCUCAGUCCUUGUAUCAGAUAAGCCAAGAGAUUUCUGAAGUAUUAAUGCCUCAAAAAUCUGAAAUUUCUCAGGUUCCUAUUGCUCUUUCAAGUGAAUCACAGACAUCAUUGACUCCAUCAAGAGCUACCAUGUCACCAGUACCCCAAGGGAAGGGUUUCCAGUCUCCUUCCCCAAGUAGUAGCGUUAGCAUGAAAGCACCUCCCUUUCAGGCUGUGCAGAUUGUGUUCAAAGUGAAUGCACCUUUACCACCUCGCAGGGAGAGGGAUAUAAAAGAGAACUCUUUGCAUCCUACAGGAUAUAAUCAGAAUUUUUGUACAGCAAGUACACAGACUCCACCCCAGUGUAAACCACAGUCUACUCAAAAUGUUGAACAAACUGCUUUUUCUCAAGAUGGUUUGCCAAAUGGUAAGGAAAACCUCACUGUUCCUGUAAGCAAUGGUAGUCUCGCCUUUUAUGCAGCACAGACGACCACUUUCCCUAGACCACCUCAACCUUUUGUCACAAGCCGUGGAUCAGUCAGAGGCACCCUUCGAGGUGCAAGGUCAGCAACCAAUUCAUAUCGCUCUCCUGGUGGCUAUAAAGGUUUUGAAGUUUACAGGGGAUCGGCUUCUGUUCCUAAUGGCCUUUAUAGCCAAAUGCAUCUUCCUGGUAGAGAUUAUCCUUCAGUGCAGUAUCCUCACAGGGAUUUGAAUUACCAGCAGAACUAUAAGCGAGGUGGUAUUAGUAGUGGCCGGGCAACCUCAAGAGCAGGAUGGAGCGAUUCUUCUCAGGUGAGCAGCCCAGAACGUGACAGUGAGACUUUUGACAGUGGGGACUCUGGGCAGGGUGACUCACGCAGCAUUACUCCUGUUGAUAUGCCAGUGACGAGCCAAGCAACCACCUUUGUACCUGUGCACAUCUGUGCCUUCCCACAGCAAAUCAGAGUUGCCUUUUCGGCUACUAGAACUUCCAACUUUACUCCUGGAACUCUAGACCAACCUAUUACAUUUGACUUACUGUUACACAAUCUUGGCGAAGCCUUUAAUAUCCAUCUUGGUAGGUUUAGUUGUCCUGUGAAUGGUACUUAUGUGUUCUUCUUCAAUAUGCUGAAGUUGGCUGUGAAUGUUCCGCUGUAUGUGAACUUGAUGAAAAAUGAAGAGAUUCUAGUAUCUGCAUAUGCCAAUGAUGGUGCUCCAGAUCACGAGACUGCUAGUAAUCAUGCAGUCCUCCAGCUUUUUCAGGGAGACCAGAUUUGGUUACGCCUUCAUAGAGGAGCUAUUUAUGGAAGUAGUUGGAAGUACUCUACAUUCUCAGGAUUUGUACUGUAUCAAGACUGAAUACUGAUGUUUACAAUAGAUCUGCUCUAAACAAUUUGGUGAAGGACGGUGAAAACUGGGAAGACUCAUUUUGCACAGCACAUUAACUGCUUAAAACCUACCCACAUAAUUCUGAAAUGGGAUAUGGUGAACUGUUUUCCUAUGAGAUGGUGUUGGGUCAGCACAGAUGUGGCACUUUAUCAGUUUUGACGUAGUCUUGAUAGUAAAGCUGUGAAUGUAUGUUUGCAUUUCUCCCUGAACUGUAAUUAUCAGCUUACUACACUGCUCAAAAUUUGCCUCAAGUCUAGGCUAUUCACAAUGCCUUGUGCCUCAAUA